AUGACAUUCUUUCGUAUGUAUAUAACAAUCAAGGCUGAAGAAAACGCUUCAACAACAAAUAAUCCAACUGCUGCUUCUACUGUUCAGCCUACUGUUGAUAUACCUGCUAAUCCACCAGCUGAUCCUAUUGUGCAACCUACUGUUGAUAUACGUGCUAAUCCACCUGCUCAUCCUACUGCUGAUAUACUUGUUCAUUCAUCUGUUGAUAUAUGUGCUGAUCCACCUAUUGAACUUUCUGUUUUUCGAAUAUCCAAAUAA